AUGGAAGCAAAAGAUGGCGCCGUGAGACGUGAAGAGAGGGAGAGAGAAGCAGAUACGCAGGCAGAGCGGACCGAAGAAACAGGAUCUCGAAGCGGCGGACGAUGGCAGAGAGUAGUUUGGACAGGUGCUUUUAAGGAUUAUCUCCGCAUCCUGUAUUUAUCUCGGUGUUCAUCUAUCAAGUUUAUCAUGAACACGCAAUCGGAAGCACAUGCACCUGAAAAUGGGGAACCAGGCAGUAAUUUUUCUGAUGUGUUCCAAUCAAAGCAUGGGUAUUAUGGGGAUUUUCAGGCAUCUAAGAUUUCAGAACUAACGGAAUUGGAAAGUUUCAAGACUGGACCGAGUGUAACAUCUGUAGAGGAUUGGGGAGUCAAUUAUAGAGCUCUAAAUGAUCUCUUCAAUAUAUCUCAGAGCAGAAAAAGCUCCAUUGCAUAUGAAGUCGGGGUUCAAAUGGUUGAAAUCUAUAAUGAACAAGUGCGUGACUUACUCAGGCCUUUUGAGCACCCCAUCUAUUCACUUCUUUCUCCAUACAAUUUGCUCAAAUUAAAACUUGGUGUUUUUGUUCUGGGUUAUCAAUUCCAGCUUUUAAGGAUGGCAGUGAUGUUCCAGACUGGUUCAUCACAUCGCAUGCAUUUCGACUCAAUACAAUGUAAAGUUAGACUCAAUGGGAUCCAUAGCAUAGCUAACUCUGUGAAGGCUUUGAAAACGAAGGGAAUCUUUCUUGGCAUUUCUCCGUCAUCAUGGAAUUCUUUAAAGGCUACAAAAAGUUUGAAUUUGGAUGCUGUCGAAGUACAGUUCAAGCGAGGACAUCAGGUGAUUGUUGCUGCAAGUCCUCCAACAGAAGAUGCUGUCGUUGCCUCAGAGCCACUGACCAAAGAAGAUCUUGUUGGUUACCUGUUUUCUGGUUGCAAGCCUAAGGAAAACUGGAGGAUAGGGACCGAACAUGAAAAGUUUGGGUUUGAGUUUGGAACGUUACAGCCCAUGAAAUAUGAACAAAUAGCAGAGCUGCUUAAUGGCAUUUCUGAGAGAUUUGAUUGGGAAAAGAUAAUGGAGGGUGACAAGAUUAUUGGACUCAAACAGGUAGGCAUCUUAUAUGAUGACAUCUCUCUACAAAGAUGGUUUGGAAAGGAGAGGCUACAAGGAAACAGGAUUUCUAAAUGA